AUGAGAUUAAGUCGGGGCAUAUUAUGCGAGUGCGCGGGCGCAAGUGCUUGCCCCGACGGCUCAUCAAAUGGCACAUGCAGCACCCAGCCGGGUGGCUAUUGCUUCGUGGCCGUCGAAGAGGUGCUGGAUGAUGCCGGCUUUGUCGUGCUUGAAAGGACCGCUGGCUGCUUGCCUCCAGAUGAAUCCGGUUUUAUGCAGUGUAAAAGCUCUCAAGUGCCACACCAACACCCGAAGGUGAUAGAAUGCUGCGAAAAGGAUUUGUGCAACAGGUACCUGCGACCGCACCUCGCUGAGCCCCCACCUGACCUGGACGACCCGCCUUUGCCACGACCAGCAGCAACUCCCACACCCACCCUCCUCGUCGCAGCCGCCUUGUGCAUCGCAUUGCUCGCCUUCCUCGCCGCGUUUUGGCUUCUGCUUAGAAAACGACGAGGGGGUUGUAAGCGUCCACCAUCUCCGCCGGCGCCUUCACAUCUAUCCGAAAUCUCCUCGGGUUCCGGCUCGGGCCUCCCGCUCUUAGUGCAGCGCACCGUCGCCAAACAAAUACAAAUGGUGGAAUCAAUCGGCAAAGGACGCUACGGCGAAGUUUGGCUUGCGAAAUGGCGAGGCGAGAAGGUUGCCGUCAAAGUCUUCUUCACUACUGAAGAGGCGUCAUGGUUCAGAGAAACUGAGAUAUACCAGACCGUCCUCAUGAGACACGAGAAUAUAUUGGGCUUCAUAGCCGCGGAUAUCAAAGGAACCGGAUCCUGGACACAAAUGCUUCUCAUCACGGACUACCACGAAAACGGAUCACUGCACGAUUAUUUGCAAACUGUUGUCUUGGACACUCACGGGCUGAUGACCAUGGCUUACUCCAUCGUCAGCGGAAUAGCGCAUCUCCAUCUAGAUAUAUUCGGAACGAAAGGGAAACCCGCCAUAGCGCACCGAGACAUUAAAAGUAAGAACAUUCUCGUCAAAAAGAACGGUCAGUGCGCAAUAGCAGACUUUGGCCUAGCGGUCCGAUAUGUGGCGGAGAGAAAUGAAGUGGACAUAGCUCCGAACACGAGAGUCGGGACCCGACGCUACAUGGCCCCAGAAGUCCUGGACGAAAAAUUGGACGUGACAAACUUUGAAGCGUUCAAAAUGGCGGACAUGUACUCGUUGGGCUUAGUUCUAUGGGAGAUGUGCCGGCGGUGCGCGACAGGAGAUAAGGCGCAGUACGUGGAGAACUACGCGCUUCCAUACCAUGAAUACGUACCGUCGGACCCGUCGUUCGAGGACAUGCACGCUGUGGUGGUCGCGAAGGGUGUGAGGCCGCCGGUGCCCUCUCGCUGGAUCAGCGCUGAACCGCUUUCGACCCUCGUCAACGUGAUGUCCGAGUGCUGGCACGCGAACCCGCCAGUGCGGCUCACGGCUCUCCGCGUCAAAAAGACUCUCGCCAAGUACAACACGGAAUCCAGCGUGAAACUUGUCUGA